CUGAGCGGACCCCGGACCGCGCGUGGCCGGCGGAGCGACCCGGGCCCCGCGCCUGCCCCGCCCCGCCCCGCGCCCAGGGGUCCCGGGGCGGGCUCCGGGGACGGGCGGACGAUGCGGCGGCGCGGCCGGAGCGGCGGCGGGAAGCCGAGGCGGAGGUGACGCGCGAGGGCCGGCGGGCCGGGCCAUGCAGCGCUCCCGGGCGGCCGCGGACGAGGCGGCUCUGCUCCUGGCCGGGCUGGCCCUGCGGGAGCUGCAGCCAGGCGGCGACUCCCCGGGUCGGGGUCGGCGGGGGCCGCGGCCCGGGCCCGGAGACGAGGCGGCGCUGGCGCUGGGCCGCCGAGGGAAGGGCGGCGCCGGCGUCCCCGAGGCCGGGACGGACGGACUGAGCCGUGGGGAACGCGGCCCGCGGCGCGCGGCGGCCCCCGAGCUGAGCGCGCAGCCCGCGGGCAGCCCCCGGGUCAGCCUGGCGGGCUCCGACGGCGGCGGCGGCGGCGGUGGCAGCGCCCGUUCCAGCGGCAUCAGCCUGGGCUACGACCAGCGCCACGGCAGUCCGCGCUCCGGCCGCUCGGACCCGCGCCCCGGCCCCGGGCCGCCGUCGGUGGGCAGCGCCCGCUCCAGUGUGUCCAGUCUCGGCUCCCGCGGCUCCGCUGGGGCUUAUGCCGACUUGCUCCUGCCCGGCGCCGGUCCCGCUACAACUCGCUCCCCCGAGCCAGUCGGGCCGGCCCCCUUCUCUCUGCCUUCGCUCCAGCUGCCCCCGGGCCGGGAGGGCGGCCCGAGCGCGGUGGAGCGGCGGCUGGAGGCGUUGACCCGGGAGCUGGAGCGGGCGCUGGAAGCGCGCACGGCGCGGGACUACUUCGGCAUUUGCAUCAAGUGUGGGCUUGGUAUCUACGGGGCAAGGCAAGCAUGCCAGGCGAUGGGGAGCCUGUAUCACACCGAUUGCUUCGUCUGUGACUCCUGUGGGAGACGGCUUCGUGGGAAGGCGUUCUACAACGUGGGCGAGAAAGUGUACUGCCAGGAGGACUUCCUGUACUCCGGGUUCCAGCAGACGGCUGACAAGUGUAGCGUGUGUGGACACCUCAUCAUGGAGAUGAUCCUCCAGGCCCUUGGCAAGUCCUAUCACCCAGGCUGCUUCCGCUGCUCCGUGUGCAAUGAGUGCCUGGACGGGGUGCCCUUCACUGUGGACGUGGAGAACAACAUCUAUUGUGUCCGAGACUAUCACACGGCUUUUGCACCAAAAUGCGCCUCCUGUGCACGUCCUAUUCUCCCUGCACAGGGUUGUGAGACAACUAUCCGUGUGGUGUCCAUGGAUAGAGACUACCAUGUGGAAUGUUAUCACUGUGAGGACUGCGGGCUUCAGCUGAGCGGGGAGGACGGACGCCGCUGCUACCCGCUGGAGGGCCACCUGCUGUGCCGCCGCUGCCACCUCCGGCGCCUCCGGCCUGGGCCACUUCCCUCACCUGCUGUGCAUGUCACCGAGCUCUGAGCUGGGGCUGGGGCCCGACCCUGGGCCGUGUGCACGUGCGCGUGUGCGUAUGUGAGAGUAUGUGCGUGUGCGCGUGUGUGUGUGU